CAUAUUGGAGCAGCAGCAGCAGCAGCAGCAGCAGCGGCAGCAGCAGCAGCGGAGGCAGCAGCAGCAGCACCCUGUGGAUGAGUCUUCUAUGCGCUUGCUGGUAGAAACCUUGUCUCACUUACCUGUGAGACCCCACAGAUACCCAGGGGACCCCUCAGGGGGCCCCCGAGGGGGGCCCCCAGGGGGCCCCCUGGGGGGCCCCCAGGGGGGCCCCCAAGGGGGGCCCCCUGCCCUGAGUUGGCGGCUGCUGGGCCUUUUCGUGUCUCUGUCUCUAAAGAGGCUGCAGCAGGGGGGCCCCCAGGAGAUAAAUCGUUUGCUGCUUUCUUGUGGGGCCCUCAGGCAACGCCUCAAGAGGUCUUUGGGGCCCCCAGGGGGGCCCCCAGAGGGGCCCCCCGCGGGGCCCCCAGGGGGGCUCCCAGGAGGGUCCCCACAGGGGCCCCCAGGGGGGUCCCUAUUGGGGCCUUCUGAGGGGCCCCCAGGGGGCCCCUCAGUAGGGGCCCCUGGGGGGGCCCCUACAGGGGGCCCGCAGCAAGUUUAUGAGGGGGCCCCCCAAAGGAUUGCAGGCCAGGGGGGCCCCCAGCACCUUGUGGGGGGCCCCCAGGGGCCCCCCCGAGAAGCCGUUGCUGUUUAUUCAAAAGGAGAGGGACCCAAAAAUGAACCCUUUGCUCAUUCGGGGGUCCCUCUGGGGGCCCCCAAGGGGCCCCCCACUGAUUUGUGUUUAGCAGCAAAUAAAGAAGCUGAGGAGGGAAAGACUGAGGCCCUGCUGCAGCAGCUUUACGAAGCAGCAAACAAAAACCUUGCUGCUGCUGCUGCUGCUGCGUGUGGGGGUGGAGAAGCGUGUACAGGUAGCGAUGCAGCAGCAGCAGCAGCAAGGAAAGCAGGUUCAGCAGCAGCAGCUGCAGCAAGGGAAGCAGCAGCAGCAGCAGCAUCCUGGGCUGCUGGGGACGCCUCUCUAUGGGGGCUAGUUGAGGUUGCUGCUGCUCUUGCUGCGGCAACAGCGCUGCAGCAGCAAACUGCUGCAGCAGUGGCUGCUGCUUUGUGCAACAGCGGAAAGUUGCUGCUGCGGGGGGCCCCCCAACCAGCUACGCUAAGGGGCCCCCCAGCAGCGGCAGGGGGCCCUCCAGCAGCAGGAAAGAGCAAACCAGGAGCAGCAGGGGGGCCCCCACCAGCAGCAGCAGCAAAAGCAGCAACAGCAGCAGCAGCAGAGGGCCCCUGGGGGGCCCAGCGGCUAAACCUGUGUCUGUGUUUCUGCUCGUUCCUAUCUGCUGCAGCAAAAAUGCAGCAGCAGCAGCAGCAGCAGCAGCAGCAGCAGCAGCAGCAGCAGCACUUCCAGCCGCAGCAGCAGCCGCAGCAGCAGCAGCAGCAGCAGCAGAACAUUCGCUGCUCCUCCAUUUCUCGUGUCUCCUUUUCUUUUCCUUUUUCUGUCUCCCUCGCCACUCAACUUCUUUGGGCCCUCGCCAUUCAAUUUGCAAUCCACUCCGAGGGGCCCCCAAAACCCUUCGGGGGGCCCCCCAGGGGGGCCCCUGCCUUUGGGGGCCCCCCCAGGGGGCCCCCUGCCUUUGGGGGCCCCCCCAGGGGGUCCCCUGGCUUUGGAGGCACCCCUGGCUUUGGGGGCCCCCCUAGAUUUGGGGGCCCCUCUACUGCGGGGAGCCCCCCGGCCUCUGGGGGCCCCCCUGGCUUUGGGGGCCCCCCUGGCUUUGGGGGCCCCCUUGACUGCGGAGGGUCUGCUGCUAGUGGGGGCCCCCCAGGGGGUUUGGGAGGCCCCCCAGAGCCUGGGGGGCCCCCCACAGCUCUUUUUGUUGGCAUUUUGUCAACUUUAGUUUUGCUGCUGCACUCUUUGCCUUUUCAGCUGCCUUUUCUCGAGGCUGCACAGGCAAGGCAGGGGGCCCUAGCCCUUGAAGCAGCAGCAGCAGCAGCAGCAGCAGCAACAGCAACAGCAGCAGAAGCAGCAGCAGCAGGGUCACCUGGGGGCCCUGGGGCCAACACCCCCGUAGGGGCCCCAGGGCCUCCUGGGGCCUCUGAGGGUAUGAGGGCCCCCUGGGGGCCCCCUGAGGUCUUGGGGGCCCCCGGGGGGCCCCCCUUGGGGCCCCCUGAGGGUAUGGAGUCCCCCAGGGGCCCCCCAGUAACGUCAGGGCCUCCCUGGGGCCCCCCUGAGGGGGGGCCCCCCGAGGGUCUGGGGGCCCCCAGGGGGGCCCCUUAA